CUUGCGGUAGUAGUACAUACUUCCAGUAUUACUGUGAAGAGAACUUUGAAAGCACGAUUUAUUGUCAUCUCUUUGAAGGCAUUUUUGGACGAGCCUUUCUGACUCUCCACCCGGAUGGUUUGGGUAGUGACCAUCUGGCCUGUGGUUUUUAUCCUUCGAGUGCUGUUGCCAGAACAGAAGGUGUAUUCACACCAUUUGAAACUAAACCACACUAGCAGCUUAAACAAAGCCACUGGACUUCAUGCAAAAGCAGGUUAUUUUGGCAGGAGAAGACUACUGACCUGAGAUGGAAGUCAAAACAUCAUUUAGCAAAGCCAGUAGAAUUCCUGAAACUGUAUCCACGUUAAUUAAUGAAGAUUUUGUCCUGGUUCAUCAGCAGUCUGAGGACUCCUCUGGAAAAGAUGAAAAGCCUCAGCUAAAGGUAUUUUCAAAUGGAGAUGAUCAGCUGGAGAAGGCAAUGGAAGAGAUACUGAGGGAUUCUGAAAAAGACCAGAACAACUUCACUACUCUCCAAGAAGGUUCCAGUGAUGCCUGCAGCCAGGCAGCUGGAGAUGGGUCAGCAGGUCAAACAAAUCAGCCAUCUUUGCACCUUGUUUUAGACCCUUCUACUACAGAAGUGUCUGCACCAAGGCCAUCUUCUCCUACUGAACCCCUGGAAGAGGACAGUGUGUUGUUUAACAAACUGACUUAUUUAGGUUGCAUGAAGGUGUCUGCCCCUCGGAAUGAGCCAGAAGCUCUACGUGCCAUGGCAAACAUGAAAUACUCAUGUCAGGCCCCUUUACCCGUAACACUUUAUGUUCCAAAUGUUCCAGAAGGCUCUGUAAGAAUAAUAGAUCAAUUGAGCAAUGUGGAGAUAGCUUCUUUUCCGAUCUAUAAGGUGCUGUUUUGUGUGCGUGGACAAACUGGAACUUCAGAGAGUGACUGUUUUGCAUUCACUGAAAGCAGUUGUGGAACAGAGGAGUUCCAGAUUCAUGUUUUCUCCUGUGAGAUUAAAGAGGCAGUCAGCCGAAUUUUAUAUAGUUUCUCAACAGCAUUCAAACGUUCUUCCAAACAAGCAUCUGAUCACGUUAAGGACUUUGUUCUUCCUACUCCAGAUAGUGAUGUGUACACUUUCAGUGUUUCCUUAGAAGUCAAAGAAGAUGACGGAAAAGGAAAUUUUAGCCCAGUCCCAAAGGAUAGAGAUAAAUUGUAUUUCAAACUUAAACAGGGAAUCGAGAAGAAAGUGGUCAUUACAGUUCAACAACUCUCGAACAAAGAACUGGCCAUUGAAAGAUGCUUUGGGAUGCUACUAAGCCCUGGACGAAAUGUGAAGAACAGUGACAUGCAUUUACUAGACAUGGAAUCCAUGGGAAAGAGUUCUGAUGGGAAGGCUUACAUAAUUACAGGAAUAUGGAAUCCUAAUGCACCGAUGUUUCUAGUACUUAAUGAGGAAACACCUAAAGAUAAGCGUGUGUACAUGACUGUGGCAGUGGAUAUGGUUGUCACUGAAGUAGUAGAACCAGUGCGUUUUUUGCUGGAGACGGUUGUGCGCGUGUAUCCUGCUAACGAACGUUUCUGGUACUUCAGCAGAAAAACCUUCACAGAAACGUUUUAUAUGAAGCUAAAACAGUCUGAAGGAAAAAGCCACACAAGUGCUGGGGAUCCAAUUUAUGAGGUGGUCAGUCUACAAAGAGAAUCUGCAAGAGAGGAAGAACUGGUCAGCCCAACAAGUGGAGGAGGGCCCUUAUCAUCCCAGGAGGAUGAGGCAGACGAAGAGAGUGAUAAUGAACUCUCCAGUGGCACUGGUGAUGUGUCAAAGGAUUGUCCUGAGAAGAUUUUGUAUUCCUGGGGAGAAUUACUAGUGAGAUGGCACAAUAAUCUUGUCGUGAGGCCUAAUGGAUUAUCUGCACUGGUGAAAAGAGGUGUUCCCGAAGCGCUGAGAGCAGAGGUUUGGCAGUUGCUGGCAGGAUGCCAUGACAACCAGGCGAUGCUGGACAAAUACAGAAUUCUCAUCACGAUGGAUUCUGCUCAAGAGAGUGUCAUCACACGAGAUAUUCAUCGUACAUUUCCAGCACAUGAUUAUUUCAAAGAUACAGAAGGAGACGGUCAGGAAUCUCUAUACAAAAUCUGUAAGGCAUACUCUGUCUAUGAUGAAGACAUUGGCUAUUGCCAGGGACAGUCCUUCCUUGCAGCUGUGCUACUCCUCCAUAUGCCAGAGGAGCAGGCAUUCUGUGUAUUUGUGAAAAUAAUGUAUGACUAUGGCUUGAGGGACCUCUACAGAAAUAACUUUGAAGAUCUCCAUUGCAAAUUUUUCCAGCUGGAGAAGUUAAUGCAGGAGCAGUUACCUGACUUGUAUAGUCAUUUCUCAGACCUCAAUUUGGAAGCUCAUAUGUAUGCAUCCCAGUGGUUCCUCACUCUUUUCACUGCCAAGUUUCCACUCUGCAUGGUCUUCCACAUCAUUGACUUACUACUUUGUGAGGGUAUGAACAUAAUCUUUCAUGUAGCCUUGGCUCUCCUAAAGACCUCAAAAGAGGACCUUCUACAAGCUGAUUUUGAAGGAGCUUUAAAAUUCUUCAGGGUUCAGCUGCCCAAGAGAUACAGAGCUGAGGAGAACGCCAGGAGACUGAUGGAACAAGCUUGCAACAUUAAGGUGCCAACAAAAAAGCUGAAGAAAUAUGAGAAAGAGUACCAAACUAUGCGAGAGAGUCAACUGCAACAGGAAGAUCCCAUGGACAGAUACAAGUUUAUAUGUUUGUAGGUAACUCUCCUGCUGUUGCGCUUUUACGGGAGAUCUUCAUGAGACGCAGAAACAAAGGGUGAUUCUCAGCUACAGACACAAAAAGGAGAAAAUACACAUUGUUCUAGCACAAGCUGUGUGCAGUAACAUCCACAGAGACUUGGAAGAUGAACUCUUCCUUGACUGAUAUGAUCCUUGUUUUUCAUCUGUUUGUAGGAAACGUUAGUAAUUUUUUGUUAAUAUAAUGCCUAGUACAGUGGGAUCCUGAGCUCGCCUGGAGUCCUAAUGUACUACUGCAAUAGAAUUCAUAGUAAUAAAUAUCCUGCUUUAGAUCAGCAGAGGAAUAGAGCUUCAGUUAUUAAUAUGAUAGCUUGAUAGUUCACAAAAAAAAGAAUAGUUCUGAAAUUUUGGAUCAGUAUUGAUUAUCUUUCUGGUGUAUUUAUUUUAUUGUUACUGCUACGUUCUGUUGCCAUAGAUUUUUGUGUGAUGGAGGUUCUGCCUCUGUUUAUACUUUACAUAGAGUUCAGGAUUCAUUUAUUACUUGCUUAUUUUAAAAAGAGGUUAGAUUUCCUUAGGUGAAGCUGCCAGAGUUGAAGCACUUUACUGCGUAUUGCCCAGUUUUGCUGGGAAUUGAUGUUGCUUACACACACCUGUAUUGUUAUCCUGCUGUUCUUCAUUGUGCCUUAUUAUGUGAAAUGACAUUGCUGUUGGUAUAGAGUAUGCCUGGAAUGUGGAGUAGUAAAUAAUAGGGCGUGCAAAGGUUUACACAGUAUGUGAACGUAAGGAAAGUACACCAUGUUCAGAAAACCACAGUGUGAAAACCUGUGGCAAAAGACUAUGCCAUGCUUCAUAAAUAGGAUGAGAUAGAGUUACAGUUACAGAGAAAGUAAAACUGACUUUUUUUAAUUUUUAUUUUUUUAAAGUAUUUACCUGUGAAUAACGAUGUUUUAAAUAUAGUUCUUUUUAUGUUAAGGAGUGUACAUUUUAUGGUUCAUGAGGACCGGGACUGCUGUAGCAGCCAAGAGUUGUUAACCAGAAAAUUUAUAUUAAAAAAAUAAAAUAAAAAUUCAGUGGUUCACUCAUGCUACUGUGGAAUUAAAAUAAUGCUUAAAACCCAAAGAAGGCUUCUUUAAAGCUCUGUAGGAGCACAUUAACAAGUUAAUCUUGGGCAACCGACGCUGAAGAAUAUUAUCCCCAAACUGCAAACGAGGAUAUAAAAAGUGGCUCUUUGGCCACUGCCCGUGUGAGUCACUGUCACAGUCAAGAUCACAGCCCAAGUUUGGGCUUGUACUUUUGUAACUCACUGGAUUGGUUCUGCUCUUCCUACUGAUGCUGUGAUUAGAGAGAGGCUCCGUAACUGGUUAGCUGCACAUUGAAUGCAAAGUUUGGACUCAUUUUUCAGCUGAUGGAUGUCAUGGAGAAAUGCUUGUAAGUGUUCCCUGCUCCUUGUCUUGCUUGUGUGAUUUUAUUUAUGUGUCAGGCUGAGAUUGGUGGGAAUGGACAUUUCCAUAGUGUUUCCUUGUGGGCAGAAAGUAAAGUCAGCUUCACUUGUCCCUUAAAAGAUCACGCAGCAGCCCAUAUGCUUACAAAUGCAUUUUGUUUUGGCAGCGUCAGUGCUAGACUCUGUCCAGCUGGGCUUGAUUUGGGAAAUGACUGAGUCUCCACUGCUCUGAAGAGCUGGUAUUGCCUCUGAGCAUUGCUCUGAGCAUUGCCUCUAGCAUUGCUGCUAGCUCCCUCUGGCCUUGUGUGCUCUCUGCCUGGGCUGUGCCCCCAAGGCCCAUGUUGUUAUACUUUUUACAGCUUCUCUUCCAGAACAAAAUGUUAUUUUCAUUUACUACCCAGGAAGGAGAUGUUUCUUAGAUGCAUGGAGAUCCAUGCCGAAUAUUCCUCUUCCAGGUCGAGGAGGAAACGUGCUUGCAGUUUGUUGACAGUUUUUAGUUGUACCUGUUACAGAUUUGUUGUUUGCAGCGUGUCACAGUUCUUGUUGCCAAAAGAGAUUUGUUGGGACUAUAGAGAUGUACCUCAGCAAUGGGGGUGCGUUGGCACUUCUGAAUUGCAGUGAGGAAGGAUGUCUCUCCGUGAACUGACCUUUUGGGCACAGGAAUGCUGGGGCUGAGGAGCCCCAGGAAAGAUGCCCUGUGCCUGAGGGCAGCAGGGGUGUAUCCAGCCAGCUGGCAGGUGCUGCUCCAAAGCCACCAACCCGAGUGCUCCGUAAGCUCCAGAAAAGGGCUGGUUUUGCGAUGCCAGGCCUGCUGUUCACCAGUCAUGUUUUCUUGACAGGUCAAGGUCAUGUGCUACAAUAAGAUGUGUUACAUGCCACAGGAGUUCCUGCGCGGCUCCUGUUUCACGUGUUGAUUGCAGUAGACUUGAUUUACCAAAAGAACAGUAUUAAAGAGAGCAAUGAGAUUUGGUGUUUAUUUUCUCCUGUAUUUACAAGUAUUAUGCAGGAAAAGUGUUUUGGUUUUUUUUUUUUGGAUGUUUUCACAGUCAACUAAUUUUAUCUUUCAUUACUCAUAACAAGUUAUCACUCAUAUUUUUGUCAGAUUUUAAACGGGUGUAAAAGUAAACAAGUUCUAAAUUCCUGUUUGCCACCACUUUUCAUGAUUUUUAGUUAAAAUAAAUUAAAAAUUGCCUAUAGAAGUCAAUAAAAAAGUGACCUGUAUAUGCAGAAAAAAUAGCAAUAUGAUUCAGAUUGAUAUUUUUCUAUUUUUUUUUUCCGUGUUUAAGAACAGAACAUCUCAUGUAACAGGGUUGUGGUUGAUUUGAUAAGAAAUUGCUGAAGUUGGAUUUAGGAAUCUUUGAUUUUAAAUAAAAAGGAUAUGUCCAUGCAAAGUUGGCUGGAGUUUUCCAUUCAGACCCUGCCUGUGCCCAGGGUUCUGUUCUGAGGGUAGAAAUGCAUUUUCAUCUGUGGACUUUGUUGCACGACAGAGAUGUUGUCUGUCCGAAUAAAGGUAAUUUG